GUACACUAUCCCAAGAUCUUCCCACUAAUUCAACCAUCGAAUACACUAUUGACCAUUAACUAGAAAAUUUUGAAAUCUCAUCUGAUUUUUUUCAAUUGAAACUGAGCUUCAAAACAUGGCAGCUUUUACAUCAAUUGUUGUGCAGUACUCAUCCACAUCAUCUUUACAGUCUUUGGUACCUUCUUUAGAAGCUACACGCGAUCAUAAUUCAUGGUGGGGGAGAGUGAGAUCAUACAGAUCCACAGGAAAAAAUUCACUCCAACAGAAUAUCACAAGAGGCUUAACAAUCCAAAAUGCAGCCACAAAACCAGCUAAGUCACCAGCUGAAGAAGACUGGAAGGUUAAGCGAGAAUAUCUGCUGGAAAAAAGGGUAAGAAGUGUGGAUGCAAAGGAAGCUUUCCGUCUUCAGAAAGAAAAUAAUUUUGUGAUUCUCGACGUAAGGCCAGAAGCAGAGUUCAAAGAGGCUCAUCCUCCAGAUGCUAUCAAUGUGCAAAUAUAUAGGCUUAUAAAAGAGUGGACAGCAUGGGACAUUGCCAGACGUGCUGCAUUUGCAUUUUUUGGUAUUUUUGCUGGGACUGAAGAGAAUCCCGAGUUCAUCCAGUCUGUUGAAGCAAAAUUAGAUAAAAAUGCAAAGAUAAUAGUAGCUUGCUCAGCAGGGGGUACAAUGAAACCAUCACAAAAUCUACCCGAAGGUCAACAAUCAAGGUCUCUCAUAGCAGCUUACUUGCUGGUCCUUGAUGGUUAUACCAAUGUCUUCCAUCUCGAAGGCGGCCUUUACUCAUGGUUUAAAGAGGAUCUGCCAAGUGUUUCAGAGGAAUGAAUCUAGUGCCAAGAAUGUGUGUGUAGUGAAGCCUAGACCUAGUUUUGGCCAUGAUGAGAAUGCUGAUAAAAGCAUAUGAAGAAUAGAACCAACGAAUUGAAAUGUCAUUAUUGAACUAGUGCAGAAAAUUCUUAAGCAAGAAUUGGCAACAAAAAUGCCAGGUUACAUUCUGUAAAGGUUGCAUUCCUAGCUUAAACUGGAAAAUGCCCAUUUAUUUAUCAGCAGUGUGUGAUCAGCAUUUUUGUGAUUUAGAACCAUGCAUAAACCACCAUGUUUCUGAACAACUGAAGCAUAAUGCUUCAAUGAAAAACCAAGUUUUGCAUUCAA